AUGGCACACUCAUCAACAAGUGGAUCAUCGAAUUUCUUAUAUGACUUUUUAGGAGGUGGUGUUUCUGGAGCUAUAGCAAAAACAAUUGCAGCCCCAAUCGAAAGAGUGAAAUUGUUGCUAUCCACUGAUCCUACUAGAAUUACAACACCUUAUACAAGCAAUUAGAUAUUUAGACUAUGA